GCAUGAGUUCUGCACCGAAUGGGCGCAAAAAGCGCCCCGGCCGCUCCACUCGCUCCUCGAUCUUUCAGAUCAGCAAGCCGACGCUGCCGAGCGGGGACUGUGAGCGCAGGGGCAGCGGCUCCGAGAGCGCCCACAAGACCCAGAGAGCCCUGGAGGACUGCAAGAUGCUUGUCCAAGAAUUCAAUACCCAAGUGGCCCUGUAUCGAGAAUUAGUUAUUUCUAUUGGGGAUGUCUCAGUCAACUGUCCAUCUCUAAGGGCGGAAAUGCACAAGACCCGAACCAAAGGCUGUGAGAUGGCCCGGCAGGCCCAUCAAAAACUUGCUGCAAUCUCAGGCCCAGAAGAUGGUGAGAUACAUCCAGAAAUCUGCAGGCUUUACAUCCAGUUGCAGUGUUGCUUAGAAAUGUACACCACAGAGAUGCUAAAAUCCAUAUGUCUGCUAGGAUCUCUUCAGUUUCAUCGGAAAGGAAAGGAGCCUGGAGCAGGGAGCAAGAGCCCAGAAUGCAAGACUGAAGAGGGUCCAGAAGUCCCCAUUCUAGAGGACACGCUAUCUUCACCAGUAGACAUUCAGCACCAUUCCUGGCAGGUUUCCACGGAUAUUGAAAAUACUGAAAGAGACAUGCGAGAAAUGAAAAACCUUUUAAGCAAACUCAGGGAGACUAUGCCUUUACCAUUGAAAAAUCAAGAUGACAGCAGCCUCCUGAACCUGACUCCUUAUCCACUAGUUAGAAGACGGAAGAGAAGAUUCUUUGGUCUAUGCUGCCUCAUCUCGAGCUAAACAAUUGCCCAUAAAAUUCCCCCAAGAAAGCCAGAACAUCAAAGAAACAGAUGUCAUUUGCUUUUCAAAUGGAUAAACCACACAGUCAUUGGUUAUCAACUAUGUUUUCUAUGCUUCCCCCUUCCUUAAUUUUCUUCCCUCCCUUUUCAAGAGUUUUCCACUUUAAUUACUGUCAAGAACCAGAGAGAGAACAGAUUCAAAAUGGAGGAUGUUUUUAAAAGGAUUUUUUAGAUGAUCUAGUGCAUGUCUGCUCUAAACCAUACGAUGACUAGAUGCAAGAAUUAUGAUUUUAAAGUCAUUCUAAGUUUUUUAUGUAUUGUAUAAAUUUCAAAUGAUUUUAUGUACAGUAGCAUAAUUAUAGCUCUUACUAGUCUCAUGUUAAUACUUUAUCAUAUAUGAAAGAGUCUUUAAACAUAGAAAUCUAUUUAAAAUUACAAAACUGUGUUCAAGGUCAAUGUUAUUAAAUCACUAGAAGUAAUAUUGUUAAGACAACUUAUACUGACUCCUCUCCUAUUGUUUUCUCUGCUGUCAUUCAUGUCUAGUCUUCCACUCUGUCAGAAUUUAUCCAAGAGCUUCAAAAUACAAAUAUCUUAAUUUGUAAUGCUAAAAAAUAUGGAGGCUAUUAAAAUUUGUAAAUACAUGAUCA